CGCGUCAUAAUUGAAGCCUGACCCGACGUUUAUAGCCGGCCUCCGCUGGAAAUUUCCAGAAGUGAGUCGCGCUAAGAAUAAUGCAAUUUCACCAAUAUUUCUGACAUGAGACUGCAAAACAUUCGGUCUAACCGUUGUUGCGACUUGGUUGUUCCGGCUACGCACAACCGAAGCCGUUCCUUCCGUCGCGGCGGCGGUGGCGGAAGGAAGGCGCGGUAUACAACAGAAAUACCGAGCAUUCAAAUUUCAAUAUUGUCUUCUUCUCGGACCGACAGCCUGGAACUUCAUUUUCGAGAUGUGCUUCCAGGAGAGACAAUUCAAGACAGAGUGUUUGCUGAUUUUCCGAAGUGGAAGCGGUGGGCCCGCGGCUCGAGGCCUCAGGGUAACGUUGCAACGUUGUGCAACGCUGUCUCCCGUUUGCCCUGGGUUGCAUUACAGAUCACUACAUAUUUCCUCUGCGUGCGGCGUCUCUCGGUGCAUGCAGCUUUUUAUACGAUAGGCGGCAUCCUGUCCUUUGUCUUGGGUCCGACGCUAGGACACUUAUGUACUUCAGCUUCACGGUCCGAAGCCACUCGAAGCCGCAGCCUGUUUCAUCGGGGUCUCAGUUCGAUGUCCAACGCAGACACAGUUGUUACGUUUGCGGAACAUCUAGGAAGUACAGUUAUGGUUAGUCUUACCUAUUCUCAACUCAAUAUGUGAGGUUAACUACUUUACGGCCAUACUCACUAAGUGCACUUCGCACGGGCGUUAAUGGCUUCUAGUUCUUACCAGCUUCGGCCGCCCAUAUCGUCCUGCAUUCGACGCUAUUGGUGUAACAUUAUCAGCUUCCUGGCUUCACGGGCCAUGAGCCACAUAACCAUGUAGCGAAAUGUUCACACCGUAAACCGCUCUUCCGGGGGGAUAUGACUAGUCUCAGACUCGGAUUUAAUAUCACCAAGCCAAUAACCGCACUGUCUUCGCAUCUUGGGAAUCUUCUGCCGUCUUCUGGAUGGGAUUACACAUGUCGUGCGAGGGAUUGUACAUUGGGCUAUCUUAGGAACUCGUCUUUGUUGUGAUAAUGACGUCGACGAUACUGGUCUUUCACGGCAUGAUUGUUGUAAAUAUAACCAUCUAGAUACCCCAGGUCUUCGUGCAUGAGGGACAGCCUACGGAAUUCAUCUCCGAACACGUUCGUGAUACCA